GAGUGCAUUUGCGCUUCCCCAGCCCGGGAAGCCGGCGAGGAGGUGUGGGCUUCGGCCGGGGCCUCAGGAUUGAGCCGGGAAUCCGAAGCACCUCAGGCGAAACACGCCCGAUCCCCGCCGCGGUGGAAGCAGGGCAGAGGAGUAGCUGCCGAGAGGCGUGAAUAUCACCUUGAACUUAGGAACUGGAGGAAGUGCACCCAAAGCCUAAGAUGUUAUCAUGCCAACCAGACUUCUCCACACCCUGGCAAGUGUACACAGCAUAUCAGCAAAGGCUCAUCAGUACCAGAGACUUACUCGACUUACAGUAAGACCACUUAGGAAAUCUGAAAGUACAGCAUGCCACAAUGGCCUGACAACGCAGCAACAUUUAGACUCAUUCUUUCCAAGUAUAACAGCUGACAGUUUGGAUAAGCCAAAGAUCCUGGAAAUGAGCCGGAUAACAUCAGCCACAAGCAGACUCUUUCCGUUAAAUGCUGUCCAUUGGUUGGACAGCAAAGAACACUGGCCAAGCAUGCACCCCUUUGGGACCCACAGGAACAUGACCCACAAACCAAAUCUCUUGUGUUCUAAGUGGUUUAUAAAAGCAGUAAAGAGGCAUCACUCGUCUGUAUCAAAUGAAGCACUUGUUCCCAAACAAGACCUUCCGCAGAUCAAGAGGCCACUGAAAGCAUCCCGGACCCGGCAGCCGUCCAGGACCAACCUUCCAGAUCUGUCCGUGAAUGAGGACCUGAUGCAGUGCACAGCAUUUGCAACAGCCGAUGAGUAUCACCUGGGAAGUCUGUCUCAAGAGCUGGUCUCCUGUGGCUAUGUGGAAGUGACAAGCCUGCCUAGAGAUGCAGCAAAUAUUUUGGUGAUGGGUGUGGAAAAUUCUGCAAAAGACGGUGAUCCCGGAACAAUAUUCUUGUUCAGGGAAGGAGCUGCUGUGUUCUGGAAUGUAAAAGAAAAAACUAUGAAGCACGUGAUGCAAGUUCUAGAGAGACACGAAACCCAGCCCUAUGAAGUGGCUCUCGUCCACUGGGAGAACGAAGAACUCAACUACAUGAAAACAGAGGGACAAUCAAAACUGCACAGAGGGGAAAUCAAGCUGAACUCUGAGCUGGACUUGGAUGAUGCCAUUCUAGAGAAGUUUGCCUUCUCCAACGCCCUCUGCCUCUCAGUGAAGCUGGCUAUUUGGGAAGCAACCCUGGACAAAUUUAUUGAGUCUAUUCAGUCCAUUCCAGAGGCAUUAAAAGCUGGGAAGAAAGUCAAACUCUCUCAUAAAGAAGUUAUGCAGAAAAUGGGUGAGCUCUUUGCCCUCAGGCACCGAAUAAACCUAAGCUCAGAUUUCUUGAUCACCCCUGACUUCUACUGGGACAGAGCAAACCUGGAAGAGCUUUAUGACAAGACGUGCCAGUUCCUUAGCAUCACUCGAAGAGUUAAGGUUAUGAAUGAAAAACUUCAGCACUGCAUGGAGCUAACAGACCUAAUGCGGAAUCACCUCAAUGAGAAGCGAGCACUCCGCUUGGAGUGGAUGAUCGUCAUCCUCAUCACCAUUGAGGUGAUGUUUGAGCUGGGGAGGGUCUUCUUCUGACCUGCGGUCAUGGAAGCAGCACACUGGGAAGAGAGAAGGCAAGUUCUGCAACCAACAAACCAGCGCUCACUACCGGAGACUCUUGCUCUACCCUUAGUCAGGGGGCUGUCAGUGUGCAGGGGCACACCUACAACCUCAGGAAACGGAAGCAGGAAGAUCCUGAGUUCCAGCUAGCCCUGGGCUACACAGGGAAACCCACUCAUCUCUGCACCGGGAAAGCAGAGGCACACUGUCCGGUUUGAGGCCAACAAUAACAGCAGGACUGUCUCAAAAUAAAACACACAAAUGACAUAA